UGUCCAAAUUCACUCUUUUAUACACUGGUACUACAAGAUAUGAUAAGGGACUGUGAUUAGGCAGGUUAUGAUGAUAAGGGAUUGAAAGAAAUUAUUUUCCAAUAUUUUAUGUUUUGUUACCUUUGUACUUUCAACCAGUCUAAUCUAGUUCAGAUCCUCUCAACGCCACAUUCUGCAUACAUACCAAACCUUUCUAGUCUCUUAAAAUUUGCUCAAUGGCCAACCAAGGGCAUGUUCUCCCUCUCUCUGAAAAAAUUUGGUUCAAGCGCACAUUUCAAAGAGUAAUAGACACCUUGAUUUUAGUCCUUCUCCUCUUGAAUCUCAGUUAUCGUGUUUUCUCAUCCAAUAAUUUCACUUUCCCAUGGUUCCUUGCUUUCAUAUGCGAAUCCUGGUUCACCUUCAUUUGGAUUGUGAUUCUUAACACCAAGUGGAGUCCUGCAGUAACCAUAACCCACCCAAAUCGUCUCCUUCAACGGGUACCUGAGCUUCCACCUGUAGACAUGUUUGUGACAACAGCAGAUCCUGUACUUGAGCCACCCAUCAUCACAAUCAAUACUGUGUUGUCUCUGUUGGCACUUGAUUAUCCAGCUAACAAGUUAGCUUGCUAUGUUUCUGAUGAUGGCUGUUCCCCACUUACUUUCUAUGCCCUUGUAGAAGCCUCUAAAUUCGCCAAGUUUUGGGUACCUUUCUGUAAGAAGUACAACGUGCAGGUCAGAGCACCCUUCAGAUACUUUUCUAAUGUUGCCAUUAGCAAAAGUGAAGAGUCCCUUGAAUUCAAACAAGAAUGGUUACAAAUGAAGGAUAUGUAUCACAAUCUUAGCCAAAAUCUUGAAGAGGUGACAAGCAAAACAAUUCCAUUCCAACUUGAUGGAGAAUAUGCAGUUUUCUCAAAUACAGAGCAAAGAAAUCAUCCAACCAUAAUUAAGGUUAUAUUUGAGAACAUGGAUGGCCUUUCUGAUCAGUUGCCUCACCUAAUAUACAUAUCAAGAGAGAAGAGGCCACAGUAUCCACAUAAUUACAAAGCCGGAGCUAUGAAUGUGUUGACCAGGGUGUCUGGGUUGAUGACUAAUGCUCCCUUUAUGUUGAACGUGGACUGUGACAUGUUUGUGAACAAUCCCAAGAUUGUUCAACACGCUAUGUGCAUUUUGAUGGAUUCAAAAAGUGGAAAAGAAGUUGCUUUCGUUCAAUGUUUCCAACAAUUCUAUGACGGAAUAAAAGAUGACCCUUUCGGAAAUCAGUGGGUGGCUGUAUUUGAGUACAUAGUGCGGGGCAUGGCAGGACUUCAAGGGCCUUUCUAUUGCGGAACAAACACCUUCCAUAGAAGAAAAGCUAUUUAUGGUGUUUAUCCUGAUGAAACUGGAAGCAGGAGAAAUGGAAAAUUAGAAGAAAAGAUAUUGAUACAACAAUUUGGAAGUUUAGAGGAGUUUGUCAAAUCAGCAGCUCAUGCUAUGGAAGGGAGUGCAUAUUCUGCAAAUGAUAUUACUCCUUCCAGCUUUAUUGAGGCAGCAAUCCAAGUCGCUGAUUGUGGAUAUGAAGAUGGCACUUGGUGGGGUAAACAGAUGGGGUGGUUGUAUGGAUCACUCACAGAAGAUGUGCUAACUGGGUUGAGUAUGAAAAGAAGAGGUUGGAGAUCAGAGUGUUGUACACCAGAUCCAAUUGCCUUCACAGGAUGCGCUCCCGGAGGAUUACUCUCUACAAUGUUACAACAAAAGAGAUGGUUCACUGGCCACACUGUAAUCUUUUUUGGAAAGCAUUCUCCUCUUAUGUGCAUGCUCUUUGGUAAAAUCCAGUUCAGAGCAGGCUUGUCUUAUUUCUGGGUUUCCACUUUGAGCUUAAGAGGUGUGUUCCUAGUUUGCUACAUUGCUCUACUUGCGUAUUGCAUGAUUACCAACACCAAUAUCUUUCCCAAGGGACUUGGCCUUUGGAUUCCAAUUACCCUUUUUGUGAUUUAUAACGUAUAUACUCUAUUAGAGUACGUUAAAAUUGGAUUGUCAAUGCGACAAUGGUGGAACAAUCAGAGAAUGUGCAUAGUUAGAACAACGACUGCAUCGUUUCUUGGAUUUUUGAAUGGCAUGGUUCAGCUAUCAGGGUUAUCGGACAUUGCUUUUGACAUAACGGAGAAGGAAUACCCAACUUCUAGUGCUGAUGAAAACAGUACAGAUGCUGGAAGGUUCACAUUCAACGAAUCUCCAGUUUUUGUUAUAGGCACGACCAUUUUGCUGGUUUAUUUGACAGCAAUAUUGAUCAAGUUUUGGGGGUUGCAACCAACUCAUAGUGGGAAUGGGAGUGGACUAGGGGAGUUCAUCUGUAGUACGUAUGUGGUAGUGUGCUUCUGGCCAUAUUUGAAAGGGCUGUUUGCCAGAGGCAAUUACGGGAUUCCCCUAUCCAUCAUGUGCAAAUCCGCUGUCUUUGCUUUUGUCUUUGUUCACUUUUGCAGAAGUAAUGGUCUCAGUUGAUGACUUGACUUUUGCAGAAGAAUAGGAUAAAAGCAGUAAACAGUGCUUUUUAUAUUUUGUAUUAUUUUAAUGAGUUGUUAGGAAAUUAUGCCUCUAUGAAGCGUGCACUUUCAUAAUGGAAGACUCUAGGCCUCACCAUGAUUGACACGAGGUUUCUUUAAAUAAGCACAAAAAGUAUUGAAAUGGUAUAAAAAUAGGUUUUUUUACUCAA